AUGCCUGCUCUGAAACUUGAGAAAGCUUUAAAGGCCAUGGACUAUGUGUUGGAUGAUCGGCCAGAAGAAGCAUUCCAUUUGCUUGGAGAUCAUGAGGAAGUGGCAAUUUCGGAACUUGCCUAUGGUGUGUGCGAAUUUUUGGAGGCUACACUAGGAUUCGAAGAUCAGACUAUGCAUCACGCAAGCGAUAUUUUAUCAAAAGUGGAAAGCAAGGCUUGGAGAGAGAAGCUGAUUUCCGAAAAAAACAAAAUAAAGGCGUCCGCAAUAUACCCUCCGGGUACAGAAUUUGGUGUGGCCUACGCCGAAGCCAAUCUCCUUAACGCAUUGCUCAUGUUAAUGAGCGAAAACUUCAUGGAGACUGCAAAGGCUUUGAUCAAAUUGAGGAGGGCUUACCAUACACUUGAUGUUAUGAGUAAGUCAAUGGAAAAAAUGAGCCACGGUGAACUAACUACCGCUGCUGAAGCGGUAAAAAACCUUGGACUCGACGAAAUAUCCCAUUGCAGCUCGGAUUCAGUGAAUUCUACUUCACAUUUUGCAGAUAUUCCAGUUCCUUUGACCAACCGGCAACUGGAGGAUAAAAAGGUGAUCAUCAAACUUGAAAGUAUCUAUAGGAUGAGGAAAGCACGUAUUGGUGGCUCACAUAUAGGCAAUCCACCUGUGGCGAAGGCCCUUAGAACUCAUUUAGGAGAUCAAGAGACUACACCCCAAAUCGAAGGUAAAGAAGAGCAAUAUGGAGAUCCAGAUAUAGCGAGUGUUGACGAAUAUAUCCAUUCAGGUGUCAACCUUUGCUUUGGAAUCUUGCAGGUCGUUCUAUCUUUACUACCCCCAGGAUUGGGACGCGUUCUUUCCAUCGUUGGUUUCAAGGGAUCCCGAGAAAACGGGCUUAAAAUGGUUUGGAAGGCAUCGCAAGAGAGAAAUAUUCACGGAGGCAUCGGCUUGUUGGCGUUGUUGGUCUUUUACGACGGUCCUUUCCAAUUUACCGAUGUUGAUUUUGACGUACCAUCGAUAUCUGAAAUGAAGAUCAUCGAAGAAAAACGGGAUAACACAGUACCAAGCCUGCAGUCUAAGAAUAUUACAUCCAAUGAGAUGGAUUGCGAUACCGACUCUUCGGAUAUAGGUUCGUUCGAAACCGCUGUAUCGCUUCAGUCGACUGUGUCUUCUAUAAAUAAGAUUGCUCAAGAGAAGAUGGAUCUAGAACGUAAGGCUACUCGUGGUGAUGGUGAACCUACCAUUCUACAUCCAGGUCCGAAACUUGUGAAAACGUUAUUACAUGCUAGGGCAUUGUUUCCUAACAGUAACUUGUGGCUUCUCCAGGAGUCUAGAAUGCUUGCAGGUAGAGGUAGAUUGGAAGAAGCGGUAAAAUUGAUGGAUUCUGCCAAUAAAAGUCAAAUGAAACAGGUUGAUGCGCUUAUGUACUUCGACAGAUGCAUGCUUCUUGUGUUUUUACAUAGAUUUGAGAGGGCUGCCGAAGAGUUCAUAUCUUUGAUGAAGGUCAACUCAUAUUCUCAUGCCUUAUACAUGUACUUCGCUGGAGCGUGCUACUUAGAAGCCUAUCGGAUGUGUGAGACCGGACUCUUCUUACCUGAAGAUAAGGACGGUGAUACGCAUGAUCGAGUUGAUCCUAAAAAGAAGGAAGAGUAUAAGAUGCUUGCGGAAAAGUGUCUUCUAGAGGCCCCUAAACUCAUUGGCAAGAAGAAGUUUAUGGCUAGGAUACUACCAUUCGAAAAAUUCGUGAACAGAAAGUUCAAAGAGAUUAUACAGAGGAAGAAAGAGACUCAAUUACCAUUAAUUGACUGUGUGGGUACAUCCCCCAUUCAUGAACUUGCCUACUUCUGGAAUGGCUAUAAUCGUAUGCCCGAGAACUGCCUUCGUCUCUCCAUUAAAUUGCUUGGCUACAAUGCCAGCCGAAUAAUAGAUCCCGAAUUAGACCUUGUUAAUCCGAAAACAGGUAAGACUUAUAGUUCCUUUGCGGAAACCAGAGAGCAGGGUAUGAUCAGAAAUACAUUACAGUCAAUAUCUCUAAGAAGGUUGGGGAAAUUGGAAAAGGGGAUGAAGGUACUCGACGAAGGUGUGCUGUGUUACAUUACUGAAUCAGGAAGGGCAGACCCUCAUGAUAAACUAUUCAAACUAUCUGAAAAUCCUUGGCUAUACCCUACUGCGCUCUAUGAAAAGGCCCUUUUCUGCUGGAAAAUCAACGGUGUGGCAGGAUUGCAAGACAGUAUGGACUGGCUUAAAAAAUCUCAGUCGUAUGGUGGAGACGACUAUGAAUUGAGUACGAGGGUAUCCAUGAAAACGAAAGCCGCCAUCGAUAGACUUGAGGAUUUAGACUUUGAGUCGAGCAUAUAA